GGGCGGCGGCCGCGGCGAGGAGCGGGGGUGGGGAGGCGCCGUCUGGCUCGGGCUGGGCCGGCGGGGAGCACAGCGAGCCACGGCGGCCCCGUGGGCGGCCUCGGCGGCCGGCAGAGUGUUUGGGAUUCCACAUGUUUUUGCUGAACUUGUGAAAGAGACACCUGGAUGGUGGAUUAACGAGAACAUUAACCCGUGGGAAGCUUCAUAUCUGAAAAUACUGGAUUUUCACCCUAGUCCAGCAGCUCUGCUGCUCACAUAAAUACAGAUGAAUGAAGACCCCAUUCGGGAAGACACCUGGCCAGCGGUCCAGAGCUGAUGCAGGCCAUGCUGGAGUAUCUGCAAACAUGAUGAAGAAGAGGACAUCUCACAAAAAACAUCGGACCAGUGUGGGACCAAGCAAGCCUGUGUCCCAGCCCCGGAGGAACAUCGUAGGCUGCAGGAUUCAGCAUGGGUGGAGAGAGGGCAACGGCCCUGUCACCCAGUGGAAGGGGACUGUCCUGGACCAGGUGCCUGUGAAUCCUUCCCUGUAUCUUAUAAAGUAUGAUGGAUUUGACUGUGUUUAUGGACUAGAACUUAAUAAAGAUGAAAGAGUUUCUGCACUUGAAGUCCUCCCUGAUAGAGUUGCCACAUCUCGGAUCAGCGAUGCACACUUAGCGGACACAAUGAUUGGCAAAGCAGUGGAGCACAUGUUUGAAACAGAGGAUGGCUCUAAAGAUGAGUGGAGGGGGAUGGUCUUGGCACGGGCACCUGUCAUGAACACGUGGUUUUACAUCACCUAUGAGAAAGACCCUGUCUUGUACAUGUACCAGCUCCUAGAUGAUUACAAAGAAGGCGACCUCCGCAUCAUGCCCGAUUCCAAUGAUUCGCCUCCAGCAGAAAGAGAGCCAGGAGAAGUUGUGGACAGCCUGGUAGGCAAGCAAGUGGAAUAUGCCAAAGAAGAUGGCUCGAAAAGGACUGGCAUGGUCAUCCACCAAGUAGAGGCCAAACCCUCUGUCUAUUUCAUCAAGUUUGAUGAUGACUUCCAUAUUUACGUCUACGAUUUGGUGAAAACAUCCUAGAUGUCAUCACAAACUUUGCCACAUUUGUGGAACUAUGAAAUGUAUAAUUUGUAGACAUAAAGACUUGAUUGCUUUCCAGUUUAAUGAAAGCUUAGGUGUCCCUGCGAACCCACAAUCUCCACCAGCAGAGCUGGUGUUGUUCUGAAUAGUGCAGACUGAUUCGAACACAAGGCAUCUGGGAGGGGAGUCCUCCCUCUUUGGAGCAUCUGUGGGGGGUAGUCCUCCCUCUUCAAAGCACCUAUGUGAGGGGGUCCUCCCUUUUACAAGAAGGCUGUCUGUUGGGGGUUACAAGCAAGGUGGUAAAAGUUAAGCUAGUAUCAUAGUCAUUUAAAUCUGGAUAAGUUGUAACCAUUUUCCCCAUCACUUUGACACACUGUCUUAUUCUGCUGCCACAAUGCAAGCAUAGUUUGUUAUUUUUGUUACUGCCUUUUUUGAAAGAUUAUGUAUCUAUAGCUACCUGUCUAGAUCUGCAUCUGUGUGCCUAUGUAUAUAUUAUACACACACACAGGCACUCACCACUGGCACUCCUUUCCUUGUGGAGUGGGGUGGGGGGUGAUAAUGUUUUCUCCAGUUCAACAGGAGUGCUUGACCCAAGUCAGUCAUAUUUAUAAUAUGCCUGCUCUUUGUUUAAAAUUAAAUUUGGGCACGGGAAGCACACAGGGACAUUUAGGUUUUUUUCAAAGAUCAGAAUUCAGAGUACCAUUUCAGUCUGGAGGCUUUUAGCUAUGAAUCCAGGUAUAUAUUAGCCAUAAUCAGUCAAUGACCCACAGAAUUUUAGUAAACUGUUGAGAAAUAUGGGUAAAAGGCUGCCUUCAAUUCUAAGCUUUGUUUUCUGUGUUUUGGGUUUUUUUUGUUUGUUUGUUGUUUUUUUGUUGUUGUUUAUUCUUAAUCAUAAGUACUUUUAAAAUAAAGCCCAGGUUCUUGGUUCACAUGGAAUAACGUAGAUGUGUUUUUGGAUAGCACGUUGGUAUGCAUCCAGCCAUCAGGAUUUUAGUACAUGGAUUUUAAAGGCAACAAUGCAUCAGUGGUUUGUAUAUGUGUAAAUUCCUGCAGGAACAGUGCAUUGGUAUUAGAAAUGUAAGUUUUAAAUAUGGCAUUGUUGCCUUCUGUUAAGUUCUCUGGGGCUUUUUAAUUUUUGUUACUAUUAUUGUUGAUGUAUGAUUAUGGUCAGAAGGCCUCUUCUCCCCUUCCCUACCUGCUCCUUCCCUACCUGCUCCUUCCCUACCUGCUCCUUCCCUACCUGCCCCUUCCCUACCUGCUCCUUCCCUACCUGCUCCUUCCCCAGUGAAUGUUGGGCAAGUACGGCUUCUUGUCUUGACCCUGUUGUGGCGGUGUCUGCUCUUGCUCCAGGUGUGCUGUUCAUGCGGGUUUGCUCCCUCCGUGACCCUGGGCUUUGCAUGUACAUUAUGUGUCACUGUGGAAGGCUGUCAUGCUAGCCAGCUUGUGAGUGAAUGGCAGCUCUUGGCCACUGAGUGCAUUCGUGGUUUGUUCCUAUAAGGUUGUUUGAAGCUGAGAUGGAACUGAAAAUGUGGUUGGUUGACCAGCCAAACAUCUGCUUGCUCUCACUUCGUUUAAGAGGAACCCUGGUGGCCGGUCAGCUGAGAGAAAAGUGGUUUGUAAAACCAGUCUCUUGUAGAGAUUGGAAAUCUUAUUUGUAGCUGGACAGCUUUGGGUUCUGUCAAGCAUACACCAGAGCCUUGGCCUAGUUUAGGUCUGCUUACUUUGUUGAGGCUCUUCUGAUGCAAGAAUCAUUCCAUAGUUCAAGGAGCAUGUUACUGGAUACCCAUUUAGUCUUCACAGAGGCUGACUGUCUCAUGCUUCUGGAUGGUCACAACUGCUCACCAUGUGAACACAGUACCUCAGUUCUGUCCCUGGCUGCAAUCACCCUGUGCUCAUUGUUUUCCCAAAGGGACCCAGGGACAAGCUUCCCAAUGCAGUGUGAUAUACCCUAGUCUUCGGUGCUUCUAGUGUAUGUGACCAGGUGUCGUCCUGCAUGUAAAUCUCAGAGCUGAGUCUUGACUCCCAAAGCCCAUACUGACAUCUGGGGCACAAGUGGGCGAGUGUGUUCUGCGUGGACUGACAGUGCAGAACAUGGCAUGGUGGCUGGAAAGUAAAGUUCCUUUUGAAAUGUCCCAAGGGCUGCAUCUGUCUGCCAUUAUCUGAUGUCUUGCGUUGUGGUUUUCUGCAAGCAGCCCACGUUACUUGGGUUACCCGUGAACUCCUGGUCCAGAGGGUGCAACGUGAUGAUGGUGACAACUCUGAUCACUAUUCCAUGUAUUGCCUUUACGGAAGGCUGAGGGAAGGGGAAGGGUUUUGUUAGUUUGUUUGUUUUUUAUUGUUUUUCCAUCCCUCUCCCACUCUUCUUUUGGUGGCUUCCACCACCCUGAACGGUGACUGACUCUCCUCCCGAGCCUGCCACCUGCUUCCCUUAGGCUCACAGUUCAGAUCUGCAUGCAUUGCUUGCAUUGUUCUGGUAUCUGAAUGUUGAUUCCUCGUUUAGGAGUUCAACAUUAAUUUCCAAAAUUAUCAUGGGGCUUGUGGCAACACAAGGCGUGAAUCUGUGUAUAAAAUUUAUUGGCCUUCCUCACUUACCUGCUCUAGUAUCGUAUCGUGUGUGCGUGCGUGUGUGACGUCAGGCUGCCACGUAAACUUCAGAGAAGAACCUUAAAGCAGACCAUCCUUUUUUGCAUGCUCUCUUCUAAGUAGAAUGUUCAAUGUAACUAAGUAAAAUUGCAUGUUAAAGAGACUUAGGUUCUUUCUUUCUUUCUUUUGUUUGAUUUGCUUUUGGUUUCCUGUAUAUUUGCUUACUGUGCUGUUCUAGUGGUUGUAGGGUAAAGACGCACCGGUGAAGCAGUCGUAGCGCCGACAGAAGGUGACUCCAGUUGUAUAUGUCACGCAGCAUUCGAAGGGACUGUGCACGCUCUAAAAAUCACAGUUGCUUCUAAGCCAGAUUUCAUUUCUUGUCUUGUUUUAUGUGCCAAACCCCAAAGUGCAUUGGGCCUGACUCUCUGAACACUGUAGACCCGUUAGAAAGAAGACCGCUCUGACUGUCAGAUUGUAGUGCCUGAAAACUCUUAUGCUGAUUGUUGAAGAGAUGAAAGUCCUCCAAAGAUGACACAGGAAAAAUUACUGACAAAAUAACCACGGCCGAAGUUUCUGUGUUCCUUGGGGAUGCUGCGCUCUCCGUAUUCUCCAUCAUUGGUGCAGUUUGAAUGAAUGAGUAGAGUUCAGAGGUGUCCGUGUUCACAUUUAAAACUAGAUAAAACGACCUCAGUUUUUGAGCUUGAAUUCAUUUUUUAAUUUUAAUUUUAUUUUAUACAACGUGUAGACAGUUCCCUGUUCUCUGCAUUUAGAAGUAUACACAGUACAACUCUGUUAAUUCUGUAAGUAAUUUUUAUAAUUAUGAUGUAACUCUAUCCUUCCUUAAAACAUUCAAAAUAAACCCUUUAUGUGCAA